CUAAUACAGCGCGCGUCACAGAGUCUCAAAUUGAUAGAAGAAGAUUUUGUUUAAGCGGAAGUUCAUGUUUUCAUUUUCCGAUGUUUUGAGACUGUUCGCGGGCGGUUCGCUGCGUUUUGAGUCCAGCAUUCUCUGUUUCUGCGAUAAAAUGUCGACCAGCAAAAUGCUGACUUUUCGGAGCUUCCUCACGGAGCGGUUCACCACCGUGGCCGUAGAGAUAUUUGAAGAAGUCGGAAACAUUGUGGAGGAGUUUCACCAGGAAAACAUCCGACUGCGGAACAUCCUGCACAUGGUGCUCAGUCCCGAGAUAAAGUUAACGCACAUAGAUUUCAGUAAACAAACCAGUGCUAAUCGAAGAUCAGAGGUCACAACAGUUGCCGCCGAGGAAAGGGAGCAGCCACCUGAGCUGAACAAUGGAGUGGACUGGGAAAUAUCAGAGCCGCUGCCAAAGAUGCCUAAAGAAGAGCAGAUUGAAUAUGACAUAAGUUUUAAUUCAGAGCCAAUACAAGAGCAAGGUGGAUCUGACAGCACAGUCACCCAAGUCUGGGUGAAAAAUGAACCAGAACAGGAAGAUGAAGACAUGGACUCUGAGCCUGAAAUGUUUACUGUUCAAGAGUUGGAGACCAUUUGGGACUCUUCAGAUACUGCUUCCGCUGACAUGAGUUACAAACACGAUGACAGUUCCCUGUCUAACUUGGGUGAAGUCUCAGAAUACUCGCAGCUACCCAGUAAUGAAGAUGGUGGAAGUGGAAGUCUGGAAAGCCAAAUAACUGAUUCACCAAAGGAAAAGAGGAUUUUAAAGACAGGCCGGCAGAAAACCCUGCUAGAAGAACCAAGGUCGAUGCCCACAACAUCUAUUGUUACAGAGUUACCAGACUACAACUUGUUUUUGGCAAGGCUCACCGAAGUCUAUAAGGAUUUUCCAGACGACGAGAAGCCUUUGAUAACUACAAUGGGCCUCAGAGCAGAUGUGAAAAUGGUGGACUGUGCUUUUGGUAAAGUGCCUGUAGGUUCUCCUCUGUCCUACCAAUGUCCCGUGCCAUCCAGUCAGGAUUAUAAGCCUCACAAAGAUGCUCCCCAUCAACCAUCACUUCCCCUGCCCUAUAACAGACUUGAGCCAGUGUACAUCUCCUGUACUCUCACCCCCCUCGAGCAGGAAAUCUUGAAAAACAUGCGUAUCACUUGGGAAGCAGCUAACGGACUGGCGUACUCCACAUGUGAAAGCGAGUUUGUAGAAGAGCUGCGCAAGCUGCGCUUGACUUGCCGUUUUAGGGAGAUCUGCAAACUCAAACCAGAAGGUGGGGAAGUGGAGCAAUUAAUAUCAAAAAUACGGAAAGGACCCCCCAUGUAUAAGAUGGCACUGAUUGACAGAGAGACGAAGAGUGAAGUGCUUCGGGAAUACUGUCGACGUCUGUGUAUCAGCUGGUACCCCUGUGGUUUGGUUGUCCAUCCAAAUGCUCCAUGGUUGGGGGCACUGCCUGAUGGAUUAGCAUACGACCCUCAGGAGAAGCACUCUUUUGGGCUGGUGCAUGUCAAAUGCAUCGGGCUCCGUAGCUUUGUGAACUGUGGGUUCUUGGUCUGUCUGGGCGGUGUCAUGAAACUGCAAACGACCCACGAGUGCUACUGGCACAUCCAAGGAGAGAUGAUGGUGACGGGUGCAUCGUGGUGUGAUCUGCUCGUCUGGUCCAAAGAGGACCUAAUUGUUCAACGCAUCUACCGGGACAAAUGUGUCAUUGAAGUCAUGAAGAAUAAGUUGCCAGAUUUCUUUUUCCGUUACUAUCUGCAAACUCUUGCCACAGCUUGAGUGUUAGUGACUACAUGUUGUUCCCUUCCCUUUUAUCAAAUUGUUAACAACUGAAAUGUGACAAAAUUUCUGACCACUGAUGUUCUACUAUAAUUAUUCCAUAAUAUCAUUGUGCUACCUUUAUUGGUAGUUCCCUCAAGUCUAGUCUACACAAACGUAUUGUUUUUGUUUGUAUAGUGAAGUUUAUGUUUUGUUCGUUAGCCAGGGAUACUUUUGUUUUACACUGAAAAGGGUUUGGUUGUGUUUUUAUUCACCCCGUUUAUCACUUCUCAUUCAUUAAUCCUUAUUGAAUUUCUAUUAUCUUUUCAAAGGCUGCAUCUACAGAUGUGUUGUCAUAUUGACUGGUGUCUUAGCCAUUGGCGAUCAUGUGAUGAAUGAUUUAACUCAAUGUCGGAAAAACGGUGAAUCAAGCCCUCACAUUUUCCUGGAGCCAAACUUACACUCACUAUGUCUGCAGGUAUUUAUUAUCAGAUAGAAGAAUAAGACAUACAGACAGGAAUAUUUUAUUGUAAUUUAGUAAUUUAUUGCUAAAGUUAUUAUUGAUUCCUUAAACAAAGAGGGUGGUCUGUCUCAUCGUGGUUGGGUAUGGUUCAGUCAAGUCACUGCAAGUGUUAGUAAGUGUGGACAUAAAAAUAACUCUUUAAGCAGAUUAAAAGUGACAUCCAUUGAUAUUGUUUGAAGUCUAAGAAAUAAAACAAAAAUGAAAGGUCUAGAAUGCUCACUCUGGCUGGUCUCUGUUUGGACUGCUGCAGAAACAUGGAAGCACAAGAUGGUGGCAUCAAUAAACAAAGCCCAUAGUACACAGAGAAGACUUACUUUAAGGCCAUGAAAGCAAAUUAUUAUUUUAUUAUUACACAUAUGUACAUACGUAUGGGUGGUAUAAUACAAUUUCUGCCAAUAAAGUCUGCUAAAUGUUACAGUGGACCUUUAAAGUU